UACUUUACAUAAAAUAUGUAGAUGGAGUUAAUAAAGCAAGAAAAUGGGCCCACAUGAUGCUUAGCAGUCAGCUCGAAUUGAGAAAUUGAGAUUCCAUUCACUAAACCCCUAAUAAUUUGAGAUUCCAUUAGCGCUACUCGAUUCACUGACUGGACUAGGUCGCCGACGGUGAAGACGGCCGCAGCCUCUCACGGAAAGAAGUGCUUUUUUAUUUGGUCUGAAGCCAAUGGCUGCAAUUUUGCAAGCCAAGGAUGCCGAGGAAUGGACUUACAGAGGAGAAGGAGCUGUGAACCUAGUUCUUGCUUAUUGUGGAAGUUCUCCUAAUUUUGUUGGAAAGGUUUUAAGGAUACAAAAAGUUCCAAAUGAUAGACCUGAAUGUGAGAACGGUCAUUCAGCUCUACUCCACCAUGAAUCCCUCUUGUGGGGAAAAUUUGAAGGCAUGGUUUCAGCACCUACAAAGGAAAUUGUGGAGCAUACAUAUGUGCAGAAAGUAAUGUGUCCACUCUUGGGAUCUGAGCACGUUGACGCAGGGAUCCAUGUUCUUGUGUCAAGAGAAUUUUUGGAGGCAGUUGACAACAAGGUUCUUUGUCAGCGUCCAUCUUGGCGUGUUGAUGCCGCCAGAGUCAACUCCCUUCGCGACUCGGUUCUUUUAAUUGCUGAUCAUUCUCUAUUUCCUCUUGUUUCAGGUUCUCUCAAAGAGGAUUUCUGUGUGUCUGUUGAGAUAAAGCCCAAAAGUGGAUUUCUUCCUACUUCGGAAUUUAUAGCUGAGGGAAAUGCAGUCAAAAAGAAAAUUUCUCGAUUUACGUUGCACCAAGCUCUAAAAUUACAUCAAGGAAAGAUAUCUCAAAUUAGUAAAUAUGAUCCUCUAGAUUUAUUUUCUGGAACCAAGGAUAGAAUACAAAGAGCGAUUAAAGCCCUCUUUCUUACACCUCAGAAUAAUUUUCGGGUUUUCUUAAAUGGUUCGAUUAUUUUUGGAGGCAUGGGUGAUACUUCAGACAACACUAGUCCUGCGACUGCUCAAUCGUUCCAUGACAAACUUAAACACGUUAAUUCACCAAAAGAUGGGAUGCACAUCAAGGGUUUAGUGGAUCUGCUCUCUGAAACUAUUUACAAGUCUGGCUUGUUGAAUCGGCUUCUUGAAGUACAGAAGCUUGAUACUAUUGAUAUAGAAGGUGCAAUUCAUGCCUACUAUGAUAUUAUUUCUCAGCCUUGUGUGGUCUGUCGGCAAAUAGGUGGAAAAAAAUUAUCAGCAGGAUAUUCACCAAUUCACUCAAUGCAAAUGGGUGAUAAAGUGAAAAUUGUGAGGGAUUACUUGAUAUCAGCCACUGCAAAGGACUUAAGUGUGAUGAUUAGUUUUAAGUCCAAAGUAAAUAUGGAUGAGGAGUCUCCACAUCGUGCUAUCUUUCUGGAAUCAAGCAAGCAAACCUUUUAUUACAAGGCAUCUUUUAUUGACCUAGACAUGAAACCAUUAAAGAGAAUGGAAUAUUACUAUAAGUUGGAUCAACAAAUAGUCAACAACUAUGUCCAGAUGUUAAAAGAUACAGAGGUGCUUGAUUGUGGUGAGACAACCCAGGAAUCACUGAAUGUGUGUACCAGUUUGAAAAAUGGUGCUUCUGCAGGAAUGACAAAUUGAUUGAGGAGCUUGACGAAAGAUACAGAUAAGCUUUCUUUUCAAUGAAGAAAGGGUAUGCAGCUCGAUUUGGACUGAGAAGUUAAUGGAAAUAUGGCUUGCUAGAAGAUGAUCGCUCCUCGUGUGCUCUCUAGACCACAAGUUAACCUCAACCAGUUUCGUCUAACUGAAUCUGGAAUAUAAUUCUGUCUGUACAUUCAUGAACAUUUCAUACUCUGAGUGAGUGUACCAAUCUUUGUUGUUGUAAUUCUAUUCUAAGCUAUACCCGAAGUGGGCAUGCCUAACUGAAAUUGUGUAAACAGCCAGCAAUCAACUUGCAAUUCAUGCCCACUCUAUCAAAUUUUGUGUUUACGGAA